AUGAAUGAAACUCAAACCAACUUGAAGUGCAAAUUGUCCCCUCUAGCCAUAGCCAUGAAGGUGCAAUUAAGAAGCUCAAGAAUCAUUAAACCUUUAUAUGAAGACACCCCUCCCCUAAAAAGAAACAACAUUUCCCUUUCAGUCUUUGAUAAGGCAACUUAUGACUCACACAUGGCUAUUAUUUACGCCUAUCAUCCGCCAACUCCACCAAAUAUGGCCAUAGAGGUAGGGCUGCAGAAGGCGUUGGUCGUGUACCGGGAGUGGGCCGGGAGGCUAGGCAAAGAUGAUAAAGGUGAACCUAUCAUACUUCUCAAUGAUGAGGGUGUUAGAUUCAUUGAGGCAUAUGUCGAUGGCCCUCUUGAUCAAGCAUUGCUCCUUAAACCUUCUGCAAAUUUGCUAAGCCUUCACCCUAGGGUUUUCCCUGGAGCCCCUGAAGACAUAUUGGGAGAGAAAGACUCAUUAUCUGAGGAAGUGGUCGAGUUGCUCCAAGUUCAGCUCACAAGGUUCACAUGUGGCUCAUUGGUGGUGGGCUUCACCAGUCACCACCUUGUUGCUGACGGGCAUUCCACUAGCAAAUUCUUGGUUGCAUGGGGCCAAGCUUGUCGAGGACUCGAAAUUAGUCCGCUCCCUUUGCAUGAUCGUACCAUAUUCACUCCUAGAAACCCUCCUAUCUUUGAGUUUGAGCACAAAGGAGUCGAAGCUUGGAAACCCAUAAUCUUAAGUACAACAGUGUGGACAACAUUGUAG